AUGAUGGAUAUGUUGAAGAAGCGACGGCUCGACGAGAACGGCAUCGGACUCCUCAACGAAAACCACAUGACCGCAAUCUCUACUCGAUUAACCCCACACGACGCUCGGAAGAUCAUCGAACGCUUCUCCAGCGACCAGCUUCUCGAUAUCUUACAAGAGGCCGUCGCUCGUCACCCCGACGUUCUCGACCUCGUCAGAUCAUCCGCCGACUCAGACAUCUCCCAGAGGAAGCUAUUCAUCCGCGGCCUCGCGGCUGAGACGACCACGGAGGGUCUCCGAUCUCUCUUCUCCACUUACGGAGAUCUCGAGGAAGCUAUCGUGAUUCUCGAUAAGGUCACGGCGAAAUCGAAAGGGUAUGGGUUCGUGACUUUCAAGCACGUGGACGGAGCGCUUCUGGCUCUCAAGGAUCCGUCUAAGAAGAUAGACGGGCGCGUGACGGUCACGCAGCUCGCGGCGGCGGGGAAUCAGGGUACGGCGGCUGCUCAUGUUUCGGAUAUAUCCAUGAGGAAGAUUUAUGUGGCGAAUGUGCCGUUUGAUAUGCCUGCGGAUAGGUUGCUGAAUCAGUUUCUUGCUUAUGGAGAUAUUGAGGAAGGUCCUUUGGGUUUUGAUAAAGUUACUGGGAAGUCGAGGGGGUUCGCUUUGUUUGUGUAUAAGACUUCUGAAGGUGCUCAGGCGGCGCUUGCUGAUCCUACAAAGGUUGUUGAUGGGAAGCAUCUGCAGUGUAAGUUGGCUAUAGAUGGUAAGAAAGGUAAGCCAGAUGGUGGUGGUGCUGGGGCUGGAGGACAUGGUCAUGGUGAUGGAAUGGGUAUGGUGCCUCCUCCUGGACCUUAUUCUGCUGGUCACGGUGGACCUGGUGGGAUGGGUCCUUACGGUGGAUACUCUGGAGGACCACCACCGCCACAUCAUAUGAAUUCUACUCCGUCUUCUAUGGGUGGUGGGGGUACUGGAGGAGGAGGUGGUUAUGGAGGUCCAUAUGCUGGUCAUUACAGUGGAUAUGGUGGUGCAGGAUCUGGCGGUUAUGGAUCAAUGGGUGGUCACGGUGGUGGUUAUGGUGGGCCUGUUGCUGGAAGUGGACCGUAUAGAAUGCCGCCAAGUUCCAUGUCUGGUGGUGGUUAUCCAGAGAGUGGCCAUUAUGGGCAUUCGUCAGCUUCUGCAUAUCCUGGCCAGCAUCCGCCUGUUGGUUCCUCCCCAGUGCCAAGAGUUCCUCUUGGAGGAAUGUACCCCAACGGUCCACCAAAUUACUGA